UUUAUUUUAAAGAUUUUCAUGUUUUUUUAAAUUGUCUGGAGCUUAAAAUGUUUAUUUUUUAUAUUUUUGUUGUUUUUUCCCUCGAUCUGCUGGGGGAGGGGGUUUCUUGGAGGUUAUUUACAUUUAAAAAUUCUUUUUUUUAAUAAUUAUUCAUGAAUCUGAAAAUUAAUAGGGCAAACAAAGUUAACUACUUGGACUAUUUGGAAUAGAGUAAAAAAUGUACUUAUAAUUGUAUUAUUAAGGUGUUAAAAAUCUAGGAAUUUUUACAGUCAAAAAUGCAAAUGAGAGAUAAUUGGGUACUGUAGAUGAGUUAAUGUGUCUCGCUUUAAAACGGAAACGGGUGACGAAAAUGUUUGCUACAAAACGUCUUGUAUUAAGUUCUAGUGUAAAAUGUGAAUUGUCUAGAGAAAGGAAAAAGAGAAAUAGUGUUGGUUAGAGAAAUAAAUGGAAGAAAUAGUGUGUAUUUAGAAGAGUGUGUUAGUGUUUUGUACAAAUUUUUUACAGUUUUUCGGGCUUUUUUUGAAGAUUUUUAGGGGUUUUAAUGAAUUUUUAGAGCUUUUUUUCGAUUUGCGAUUGAUUGCGAUUUCAUUUUAGGUGUUUAAAACGGAGAAUUUUGAAUUUCUAAAAGUAUUUGGCUCUAAAUUUGAUUUAUUCCUUGUCGCGCUUUUAUUUUCUUUUCGUUCUAUUUGACACAUUUUUCCUCUCUUUUUUCAGAUAAAAAAUGACUGACCAAAUUGCUCGUUCACAGCAAUAUGAAUAUAGACAAAAUUCUAACCUUGUAUUGUCAGUUGAUUACAAUCUUACUGAUAGAAGAGCAAGGGAUGAACCUACAGGAGAAGUUAUGCCGCUUACCAAAGAUCUUUUGCGUGGAUCAAAAAUGGGUGAUAAAUAUAAAAGAACUGCUGUGCCAGCUGAGAAAAAGGCUUCUAAAGGAAAAUCCCGCGAUCGUGAAGACAUUCGAGAACAAAAAACAGCAGUAGACGAAGUAGGAAUUGCUGGAAUUUACAAACCUAGAACUCAAGAAACUCGCAAUACUUUUGAAGUCUUUUUGUCAUUAAUCCAAGAAAUCAUUGGUGAUCAACCUCGAGAAAUAUUGCAUGGGGCUUCACAUGAAAUUCUUUUAAUAUUAAAAUCUGAUUCAAUUCGGGAAAAAGAAAAGAAAAAGGAAGCGGAAGAUUUAUUUUCAACAAAAUUGACAGAAGAACGUUUUGCUUUAUUAACUAAUUUGGCUAAAAAGAUUACUGAUUUUAAUCCUGAUGAUGAAGAUGAAAAGAGGGAUAUUAUGGAUGAUAUUGACGAAACAGCAGGUGUUCCAGUACAUUUUGAUUCAGAUGAAGAAGAUGAUCGAAUGGUAACAGAACUAAAAGAAGAUAAAAGUGAGGAUGAAGAUGUUGGUGUUGAAGCUAUUUAUGAGGGAACAUUGCGUACUGCUGAGGGUUCUGGUGGUGGAAAAGCUAAUGGAAUUGGAGAGAAAAAACAAUUAAAUCCGCGAGAUAUAGAUGCUCAUUGGGUUAAACGUUAUUUAUCAAAACAUUUUGAUCCUAAUGAAAGUCAACAAAAAACACAAGAAGUUUUGAAUAUUUUGAAGAAUUCCGUUGAUGACCGUGCAUGUGAAAAUUCUUUGGUUUUAUUACUUGGCUUUACCCAUUUUGAUUUUAUUAAACAACUUUGUCAAAAUCGUCAUAUGAUUUAUUAUUGUACAAGAUUAAAGCAAACACAAGGAGAGGAAAGAGAAGCUAUAGAAAAUGAAAUGGCUAGUAAACCUGAACUGAAAAAUAUUUUGGAUGAGUUGAUAGAAGUUAGAGAAGAUGAUAUUGUUGCGACUGAACGUGGCAAAAGAGAUAAAGCAGCCCAACAACGCCGUAUGAAUGAAGCAGCACAAGAAGCAGUCGCAGCAGCAAGUUGGACACAACAAAGAAAAGUUUAUGAUUUGGAAGAUAUGGCAUUUGCACAAGGAUCACAUACUAUGAGUAACAAAAAAUGUGUUUUGCCAGAUGGAUCACAAAGAACACAAAAGAAGAGUUAUGAAAGUAUUUAUGUUCCUCCAUUGAAGCCUAAACCUUUUGGAGAAAAUGAGAAAUUAAUGGACGUUGAAGAUUUACCAAAAUGGGCACGUCCAGCAUUUAAAGGAUAUCGAACAUUAAAUAGAAUUCAAUCAGCAAUAUACAAAAAAGGUUUACAUACAGACAACAAUUUGUUAGUUUGUGCCCCAACUGGCGCUGGAAAAACAAAUGUUGCUUUACUUUGUAUUUUACGUGAAAUGUCAAAACAUAUGAAUGAAGAUACAACAAUUAGAAAAGAUGAAUUUAAAUGUAUUUAUGUUGCCCCAAUGAGGUCAUUAGUACAAGAAAUGGUUGGAAGUUUUAAACAAAGAUUGGAAGAAGCUUAUGGAAUUACUGUCGGUGAAAUGACUGGUGAUGUUCAAAUGAGUAAAGAACAAUUCAUGUUAACUCAAUUAAUUGUUUGUACACCAGAAAAAUAUGAUAUUAUAACACGUAAAGGUUUGUAGAACGAUUUUUAUUUUUUUAAUUCGGAUCUCCAUUAUGUCCCCAAAUCGACUUUUCACCAAAUUCAGGCUUUUUUGUUUGCCACUGGGCAUGGUUGAUGUGAGCUGAGUAAAAGUCGGACAUCUUUUGGGUGAUUUCUUCAAAAUUUCCUUAGGAUGGGAUUUCAAACGAGAAAAGUCG